GACAAUAACAUAGAGUUCAGGUUGACCAGGGCGGCUCCCAUCCCCGCCGCGACUAAAAAUACAACUGAUUUAUAGAAUGUUCAAGUUCACCUGGCAUGCCUUGAAGCUCGUGAGAGGCGCCGUGCCCGGCACCAGCCCAAUUGGUUGGAAGAUCCGGUGCCUGCACAGCUCGGUCGCAUGCUUAUUCACUCGCCGUUAUGACACCUCCUGUGUUAAGUUUUCAAGUGCCGCGAAGCCUUUUUGGGGAAGAAAAACACGCAAGUAUUAUUGCAGUGGCAUUUCUGUACCUCCACAAGCUAAAUAUAAACGGAGUAAAUCCCGAAGGCGUGAACAGUUGGGAAGCCCAAUUAGUGACUGAGUCGGCGUGUAUUGUGUGCAGUGUAUGCAUGCAAAAGCGACAUCAGCGUGCCAUCUUCUGAUGCAGCAAAGUCUUCCACAUCUAAUGUAUGCGCUUGACAGUGCAAUUGUGAACGUUGAUAUUUUUACCUGUUCAAGGACAGCAUGCAUUUUUCCAAAUUCCUAGUGGCUUUGGCCUAAACAAUCACCAGAUGUGAAGGUAUACCGCCAUAUCUGGUUCUUUUAUGGCUAUCUGGCAGCACGACGACCGUCAACAGGUCCCACGGUUUUUCGUCGCGUGGACGUCGGAUGUGGUUUUCUUGAUUAUGUACAUGGAUACUGUGUAAUUCCUGCGUCAUUUCAGAAUUGUCUGUGUGACAUAUUCUUGUUUCCAAGGACGUAGCAUGCGGGGAUGACGGACAGCGUCUGCAGCCGGCUCAGUGAGGGCUCGGUCCACUCGGCCAGCACGGCCGCUGCCCGGCCUAGAAUGGAGGUGGUGUGCGUGAUGGAUCUGCAGUCGCACGAGAGGCUGCAGCACCGCAAGAAGGCCUGGGAGGAGGUCAAGCUGGCCUGCCGCGCCAGCAAUGCCAACUGCACUCAGAUCCAGUUCGAGAAGCUGGACUUCGGUGAGACGAACGUGCUGGACAGUUUCUACAACGCGGACGUGGCGCUGGUGGACCUGACAGUGCAGCUACAGCAAAGCUCGCUCUUCUACCACCUGGGCGUGCGCGAGAGCUUCGGCAUGAAGGGCAACAUCCUGCUGACGCUCGACUACAACGUCGAGAUCACGGCGCCGCUCAAGGCCUCGUGCAAGAACUACGUGUUCAUAUCGUAUCGGAGCAACGACCAGGGUCAGUGCUGCGUGACCGACCUGAACGCACUGGCGCCGGAGGAGACGACCGAGACGCGCGAGCUGCUAUCCAUACGGCUCAGUCGCCACCUGCAGGAGGUCGAGAUCCAGGCCAAGGUGCACAUGAAGGAGAAGUUCCUGGCCGACCUGCGCAAGACACGCGAGACGGUCAGCUCCCAGGACAUGAGCCAGGCGCUGAACAACAUGCGCCGCCGCCUGGACGACCCCAACAUCCUGUCGGCCGACGUCGUGCUCAACAUGCUGUGGUCCUUCCGUGAGAUCCAGGACUACGACGCCAUGGUGAAGCUGGUGGAUGACCUGAUGACGCUGCCCAACCACAAGAAGUACACCUCGCCCGUGGCCAUUCAGCACCUGUUCGCCUUCGCCCUCACCAGACGGAAGCUGGAGAACGACCGCGACCGGGCGCUGAAAGUCAUCCGCGAGGCGCUGGAGCGCACCGAGAACCACGUGCCCGACAUGCUCUGCCUGUGCGGCCGCAUCUAUAAGGAUAUCUUCGUGGAGUCGGGCCACUCGGACGCCGAAAGCCUGGAUAACGCCAUCCACUGGUACCGCAAGGGCUUCGAGGUGCAGCCCAACGAGUACGCCGGCGUCAACCUGGCCACCCUGCUGGUGGUGGCCGGCAACGAAUUCUCCAAAAGUCGCGAGCUGCAGCAGAUCGGUAUGACACUGAACAACCUGAUCGGGAAGAAGGGAAGUCUCUCCUCCCUGCAGGACUACUGGGACAUCGCCACGUUCUUCGAGAUCAGUGUGCUGGCCGAGAACUACUCCAAGGCCAUACAGGCAGCCGAGAGCAUGUUCAAACUCAAGUCCCCUAAUUGGUAUUUGAAAUCAACGAUCGGGAAUAUUACUCUUAUUCAGAAGUUUCGGAAGCAUUCCGAAGACAACGAGAAGGUGCCUGAGAUGCAGAUCUUUGACUUUUGGAUGGACUAUUUCUCGGAGGGCAUUGUCGACGAGGCCUCCGUGAACACCAUUCGGUUUCCGGUGCUGGUGCUGGAGCCGACCAAGGAGUACAUGCCCAGCUACGUGGUGGUCAACCUGGACGCGGAGACGUCGGCCAUGCAUAUUUCCAACCUCUGCUUGGAUAGCCUCAAGGACAGGUGCCGUCGCGUGCACGAGUUCGUGCUGGAGGCGACCCAUAUCAAAAGCAUCAGCCAGUACAAGCGGGACGAUCGGUGCGUGUUCCUGUACGUGCACCAGAACUCGGACGACUUCCAGAUGUUCUUCCCGUCGGCGGCGCUGCGGCAGCGCUUCUACAACCUGGUGCUGCAGAUGACGGCCGACAUGGAGGGCAUGGUGACCGACCUCGGCAACGACGUGACGCUGGGCACGGCGCCGCAGUACGAGUACGAGGCGGACGAGCAGGACCGGCGCAUCGUGCUGGGCAAGGGCACCUACGGCGUGGUGUACGCGGCGCGCGACCUCACCACCCAGGUCCGCAUCGCCGUCAAGGAGAUCCCCGAGAAGAACAUCGGUGACGUGCAGCCGCUGCACGAGGAAAUCAACCUGCACAAGCAGCUGCGCCACAGGAACAUCGUGCAGUACCUGGGAUCAGUGUCUGAAGACGGCUUCUUCAAAAUAUUCAUGGAAGAGGUGCCCGGCGGCAGCCUGUCGGCCCUGCUGAAGCUCAAGUGGGGCCCGCUGAAGAACGAGGCCACCAUCGCCUACUACACCAAGCAGAUCCUGGAGGGCGUCAAGUAUUUACACGACCAGAAGAUCGUCCACCGCGACAUCAAAGGCGACAACGUGCUGGUGAACACGUAUAGCGGCAUGGUGAAGAUCUCCGACUUCGGCACCAGCAAGCGGCUAGCUGGCCUGUGCCCCACGGCUGAGACGUUCACCGGCACGCUGCAGUACAUGGCGCCGGAGGUCAUCGACAAGGGGCAGCGCGGAUACGGCGCGCCGGCGGACAUCUGGUCGGUGGGCUGCACGGUGGUGGAGAUGGCCACCGGGAAGCCGCCCUUCAUCGAGCUCGGCUCGCCGGAGGCGGCCAUGUUCAAGGUGGGCUUCUACAAGAUGCACCCGCAGCUGCCCGAGUCGCUCUCCGAGAAGGCCAAGAAGUUCCUGCUGAGCUGUUUCGAGGCCAACCCGGACAAGCGGGCCACAGCCUGCGUGCUGCUGGACGACCCGUUCAUCAACGAGCACGGCCGCAAGAAGACGCUGCGCCUCUCCAUGACGGCGGCGGCCAACAUGGGCGAGCUGAACCGCAGCGUCUCGGUGCCGGCCGACCGCGUCAACAAGCAGGAGCGCUCGCUGCUGCCGCGGCUGGGCUCGUCGCCCGACGACAGGAUGAUCAGCGCUUCGUACGGGGCCAGGCCGUCGGGCACGGCUGCCAUGCUUGUGGGCUCUCCCGCCUCGUGCUCGACGCUCUCCUUCUCCAGCAGCGCCGAGUUCGACGACACGGUGAUGAUGCGGCGCAACUCGUCGAUCGGCUUCAUGAGCCCGGACGUCGACUCGCCGCGCGAGCUGGAGGACGGCUUCUACCUGCUGAAGAAGGACUCGCACCGGCGCAUGACGCUGCACAAGGUGCUGUCCCAGGACCAGCAGAAGAUCCUGGACGUCUGGCUGCCGGCGCUCCGUAACGAGCCGGGCAUAGGACCCAUCCUGCUGAACAUGGAACAGCUGACCCUGCUGCUGCAGGGACUGCGCGACUUUAUCCCCGAACAGAACCGCGCUGCCCUGGAGGCGGCCAUCAAUACGCUGCGCGAGGAGCUGGAGUUCGACGGCCGCGCCAUGGACCAGAUCCACCGCGCGCUCUACCUCUUCCAGGAGGCGGUGAACACGGCCCUCCGGUCGCACAACAUCAAGCCCCAUUGGAUGUUCGCGCUGGACAGUCUGGUGCGCAGCGCCAUCCAGAUGGCCAUCCUGAUCCUGUCGCCAGAGCUGGGCGCCAACCUGCUGGGCGGCGACCAGGAGUCGGUGGUGGGGCCGCCGGACGCGGCGGCGGCCGCCGCCGGCCCCGGUGGUCUGGCCGCGCCGGACGCGGCCGGCUCGCCGGCAGAGGGCGCGGCCGCCGCGGCCGCCGGCGGCGCCGGCGCGGGCGGGGAAGGCAGCACUAGCGGUGUGUCGACCAUCAACUCGGUCCGCCACGACGAGUACACGCCGCAGACGCUGGCCGACCUGCACCGGCUGCGCAGCGAGAACAAACGCCUGCUGAGCGAGCUGCUGGAGUCGCAGCGCGAGUACAGAGAGCUGCUGCGCUGGACGCUGUCGGAGAGGUCGCUCCAGAUCCAGGUGCUCAGCAGCCUGUCGGCUAGCCAGCCGGCCGCCCGUCAGCGCCAGGACACCGAGUACAGCUCGCAGGUGUCUGUGGCCGACUCGGGCAUCGCGGCCGGCUCGCCGCUGCUGCCGCCCAGCGGCGGCGGCCAGCUGGCGGCGGCGCCUCAGAUUCAGGUGCAGCCGUCGGCCGACCCGGACGGCUGUCUGGUGGACUGGCUGGUGGAGCACGGCGCCGACCACCUCACCGUCUCGCGGUUCGUGAACGAGGGCUUCCGCCUGGAGGAUGUACUGGCCAUGAUGACGCGAGAAGACCUUCGCGGUCUUCACCUGAGGGGCGGCGUGGAGCUGCGACUGUGGCGCGCGCUCUGCGACCACCGCCGCCGGCCGCCGCUCUCGCGGCAAAACUCGACGGAGCGGAUCGAGGACUGAGCGGUCGCCGCUGGCGAGCGUGGCGUCCGACUGACGGACCGGCGGCCGCGCGCCUCGACUGAGGAGCGGCCGGGGCAGCGGCGGAGCGGCCCGUCGGCCGUGCGCGCCGCCGGGUUUUAGGAGCAUUAACCGUGCCGCGCCGCGCGCGCGGCCGUAUAACCUGUAACCCGUCCCCUCGCCGCCGGGCAGCCUCCGGACGCCAGCGGGCGACGUUUCUGUGGCGCGGCCGUUGGCCGUGCGUCAAGUGCCUUAGGAGGAGCGUUGUGGUGUGUUUGCCUCGGUCGUGCGGGUGUGUGGUGCUGAGCGGUAGGGAGCCCCGCGGAGGCAGCUCCGCGGGCGGUCAGCGGGCGCGCGGCCGCGAGCCGUGCGCCCGCCGAGCGGUCGGCGCGGACGGCCGGCCCGGCCGUGUCCGCCAGCGAUAGCUAGGUUAACCCCUCAGUUAAGGUGCGCCGUCGUCUGCCUGCGCGCCGAGCAGGUUGUGAUAUUAGUUAAGCCCCGUGUGCGCUCGUCUUGCCUUCCGAUGCGCACGUGCGGUGGCGCCCCUCCGCUCGCGUGCCGCACGGAGCCACGUGCGCCAGGCGCCGAGUACAAAGUACCUCCAGACAAUAAUGUGCGCGUCGUGCGGGUCGGUUGCUGUAGAUAUUGCACCAGUACAAAUGUGAUUACGCCCGUCCUCGGUGGCCGCCCGCGUGCCAACCGGGAGCGGCGCGUUACUGAACUAUGGACUAACCCCGUGCCAUAUGCGGAGCUGGUUCACGGCGGCAUCUGGUAUUUUACAUAUUAACUGUGUUACGUCCAUAACAAAGGUAAUACAUGGGAUAUUGAUA